UUGCAUAUCUUUCGGUCGUGGAAUUGCAUCCAGUCGCCACUGUCUUAUAGUAAAUCUUAUGACCUGUGCUGAUGUCAUACACGGUUGAGUGCUGUUGUGGAGCAGUGAGAGAGCAGCCUGGAGGGAGUAGCGUCUGGUGUGUACAGUAAUGUGGUUGGAUAAUGACCAUAAUCAGGGAAGUUUACAUUACGUCGGUCCAUUGUUUUGUCAUGCAGAGGAAUGAUGGGCAAUUUGACAUUAAGCAAGAAUGUACUUAGGUGCGAUAAAUGUGUGUGUGGCUGUAUAGUUCCCUUUUCCCUAGAAGGAAGCUAUGAGACUUGGGUCACGCAGCGCUCUCAUCCCUGUCUGCUCUUGGAGACCCACCCAUCUGCACACACCUCACGGCACUGGAUUGUAAAAUCUGGAGUGUACUGCCUCAAGGGUGAGUUGAUACAGCUUGCUGCUGAAGGAGGAGAGCCGAAAAUGACAGAAACCAACACGCCCAAAUCGGCUAAGAAGCCCCGCUGGACCUCCUUGGAGAUCGGCCUCAUUACCAUCGUCUCCCUGCUCUUCGUCGUCAUUGUUGCUCUCGUCAUUCUCUUUGCCACCCAGAAGACUGAUGAAAUGUGCACCACAGCAGACUGCACGCAGUCAGCGUCUCGUCUCAUAGAGAAUAUGGACGCUACCGUGAACCCAUGUGACAACUUCUACCAGUAUGCCUGCGGAGGAUGGCUGAAAAAGAACAUCAUCCCGGAGACCAGCUCUAGAUACAGCACCUUUGACAUCUUAAGAGACGAACUGGAGGUCAUCCUCAAAGGUGUCCUUGAGAAGACGGUGGACGGGGAAGCUGCUGCUCUCACCAAGGCUAAGACCCUUUACAAGUCCUGUAUCAAUGAGAGUUUAAUUGAGCAAAGGGGAGGAGAACCUUUGCUCGAUACGCUAUCUGACAUGUUCGACUGGCCCAUAGCUGUCGAUAACUGGGAAACCGACUAUGGAAAAACUUGGAGGCUGGAGGAUGUUAUUGCCAGGUUAAAUGAGAAAUAUGGAACUCAACUCUUGGUUAAUUUUUAUGUCGGCACUGAUGACAGGGACUCCAACUCACACAUCAUUCACUUUGACCAGCAGUUGAGCCUCGGCCUCUUAUCCAGAGAUUACUAUGCGUGCAGCGGUCCCUAUGCAGAGGCAUGCCGAGCCUACGAGCAGUUCAUGAUCGACCUCGCCAAGCUGAUUCGCUCCGACCGAGGACUGGAAGUCAAUGAGACCCGUAUAAGGGAGGAAGUGACACGAAUAAUUGACUUGGAGAGGGACAUUGCCAACGCCACUGACACACCGGAAGAUAGAAACAACCCGGUGCUGCUUUACAAUAAGAUGGAGCUUGGGGACCUUAAUGCCAAUUUCACCCUUGAGGUCGAUUCACAGGUAUUCAACUGGAGUUACUUCACAGCUAAGAUAAUGGAUACAGUCAACAUCAGCAUUCCUGACACAGAAAAAAUCUUAAAUUAUUCCCCCAACUAUUACAGAAGACUCAACCUUGUUCUGGCCAAAUACUCAAAGAGGGAUCUGCAGAACUACUUGUUGUGGCGUUUUUCUAUGAAUAUGGUGGUGGGCCUUAGCAGAGCUUACAGAGACACAAGGAAAGCUUUUCGCAAGGCUCUGUCUGGCACAACGUCAGAGGCAGCUGUGUGGCGACAGUGUGCGCUCUACGUCAACAGCAACAUGGACAAUGCUGUGGGACGGCUGUACGUGCAGGAGGCCUUCUCUGAAAAGAGUAAAGAACUGAUGGAGGAGAUGAUUAAAGACAUUCGGGAAGUUUUCAUUAGUAACCUUGAUGAUUUGACCUGGAUGGAUGCAGAGACCAAGAAAGCAGCUGAGGAGAAGGCCCGAGCGAUCCGUGAAAAGAUCGGCUAUUCUGGCAACAUAAUGGAUGAUGGAUACCUUAACAAUGAGUAUAGAGAUCUGAGCUACAGUGCAGAGGAGUACUUUGAAAACAUCCUACAGAACCUGGAGUUUGUGCAGAAAAAACGCCUGCGGAAACUCAGAGUCAAAGUCAACAAAGAGGAGUGGGUAACUGGAGCUGCUGUUGUCAAUGCCUUCUACUCAGCCAGCAAAAACCAAAUAGUCUUCCCUGCAGGUAUCCUCCAACCCCCUUUCUUCAGCAAGGGUCAGGCUAAAUCUCUCAACUUUGGUGGCAUCGGCAUGGUAAUCGGUCAUGAGAUCACACAUGGCUUUGAUGACAAUGGCCGUAACUAUGAUAAGGACGGUGACCUGAAGGACUGGUGGACACCAGAAUCCACUCACAGAUUCCUGGAGCUGUCAAAGUGCAUGGUUGAUCAGUAUGGUAACUUCUCCUGGGACCUGGCUAAUGGACUGCAUUUAAACGGGAACAACACCCUUGGGGAGAACAUAGCUGACAAUGGAGGAAUACGACAGGCAUACCAGGCCUACAGGAACUAUGUGAGUGAGCAUGGAGAGGAACCACCGCUGCCUGGCAUCGAUCUUUCCCAUGAUCAGCUCUUCUUCCUAAACUUUGCUCAGGUUUGGUGUGGGACACACCGACCAGAACAAGCUGUUAAUUCCAUUAAAGUAGACGUACACAGCCCAGGAAAAUUCAGGGUAAUAGGCUCCCUUCAGAAUUUCCCAGAAUUCUCCAAAGCAUUCAGCUGCAACAAAAGCAGCUACAUGGUCCCUGACAAUGUGUGCCGUGUAUGGUGAUUGAAAGACUUCUGGGAUGGAUCGCCAUCCCUGUCCCAGACCUACGGUACCUCUCUCCUCUGACUGUUGGAGCGCUGGAGGAGUGCACGGAGUUGGAGGCUUCAAUUAGCUCUUUACUGGAUGGACCAUGGCUGGUGGACUGACUGCAGUGUGCUCCUUCAUUUAAGGACAGUAGCCGACUGCACCGUCACAAUAAACAGAGCACUGUUUCUCCAAUCUGAUACUGUAGUUUAUUCAACCAGCCUGAUAUAUUCUGCUACUCACUGGAUACAAUUUCCUUUUCCUCUUGGUUUUUCUUCUUUUUUCAUUUGAGUCCACCAAUGUGUAUCUCUGAGUGCAUGUGUUCCAGUCAAAAUGUUCUACAAGAGGUUGGCAAAGAGUGGCAGACAGAAAAAUGUGCUCAACCCACUGGCAUAUGAAUACAUGAAUACACCACACACCCACUCAUGCUCCUAUACACACACACAACCCAGCUGAACCACUGUAUUGUAUGUGGGACUAUGCCGUUCCACUCUAAUAAAACCUCAGCCGCUUUCAGCCUUCAUGCAGUUACUCUAUGUACUAAUAAUCCAGGGCUUUGUUUAUCCAGAAAAUUAUGCCAGAUAAAUUAUUACUGAAAAUCCAAAUGUAUUUCAUUUAAUAUACCAAUAAGUAAUUCAGUGUGAUGAUCACGCAGCAUACAUGAUUACUAGGUACUGUUCUAUAUAAUGUCUAUUGCAGUUGGCAGGUCGCUGCUGUUCGGGUGAACAUAAUGAACCAAAAUUAAGUUUUUGCCUUUUUUUUUUUUAUGACAGCUGGUCAUGAAUCAUUGGCAUGACAAUCUACAGACUCAAGAUUCUUUACAUGUCCUCUGAGCCUCCUGUUUGUCUGUGCGUGGAUGUCUUUGUGUUCCAUUCUCUGUAAGUCAUUUAUCACUGCCUGCUGUUGGUCAAGUUAAUUGGUAUGCCUUAUAGUUGUGUUUGUGUGAGCACUUGUGGGAGGGGAAGAAAAAAGGAUCAGCAAAUGUAUCGCAGAAGUGUUUUGACUUUUUCUUUGCAGCUCAUUUUUGCUUUUCUUCUUGAGAUUAUGAAGAAAAACCUACACCACUUUCAUGCCUGCGUGCUAACAUGCUACCAGUUAGCAUAGUUUAGCAAAAAUAGAUGGAAAUAGCCAUCUUGGCCUUUUUCCAAAAGGGAGAAAAAGAGAUAAAGGCUCAGAUAAACUCGAUUACCAAAUUAUGUAUUUUAAAAAGUGCAUAACUAAGGGACUACGAUGUGGUGCAAGGUAGAUUAAAAUCCCACUGAGUCACUGCUUGGACCAGGGACUUCAGUCUUCACUAGUUGCCUAGCAACCUAACAGUUACGAGAGGGCUUGCAGUAUUUGCAUUUCUAUUUUUAUAUGAACUAACAAGGACUUAUAAAUUGUUGAUGGCUGAACUUUAAUUCAUACAAACUAACUAUCCUGGAUGUAACUAAUUUUAACAAGCUGAUGUGAAAGUAUCAGUCUGCCCAGCUCUUGGCAAGAUGGUACAGAGACCAGAAAAUGUUGAACGCUCUUCUAAGAAGGGUGAUCUUCAAUUUAUUGCCAGUCUUGUUUCAGGGGAUUCUCAGACAAAUCAAAAGUCAACUGGCAGUUGUCGCAAAGAACCUUUCAAAGGAAUGUUGAUCUCCCUUUUGAAUCGAAACAUUUUCCAAGCAAAGAGUCAAGAUGGUGACUUUCAAUUCAACAGUUUGUACGGCUUUUUUUCUAUAUUAAAAUGUAUCUGAGGAUGCGAUAAUGGAUUCAUUGUGGACAUUUCUUGCCUUUGCCUUUUAAUGUAAAGAUUAGUGCAAUAAAUGUUGCACCACAGCCACCUACGUCUUCAUACACCGUCAUGUAUAGUCUUCAGUGUUUUCCCUGCUGUAUUGGUCUUAUUUGUGGGAAUUUUUUUUGUCUUUCUAUUUCUGUGAUCUCCCUCUCUAAUAGUAGAAAUACAGAUAUACCUCAGUUGCCUGUAUUUUAGAUACUUUAUAAUGAUGAUUAAAAAAAAAUUGUUUCUUUCAAAAUAAAUCUUUAAAUAACA